AGUCAGUCAGUGUACCAUCGUCUCAGUCAGUACAGCACAAGUCGGUUCUUCUAGUCGGUCGUCGUUAUUGCUUGUUCAAAGUGAGCUGGGGUGGAGAACAAAGUGGACGCCAUUGUGGAAAUUGCGAAAAAUUAAAAGUGAAGUUUAGUAUUAGUUGUGUGAUUUUAAAUGAAGACUGUGCUAAAUAAGAAUCAACACAAAUAAUAAGCAAACCCAAAAUGGAUGAUGAUCAACAGUUCUGUCUUCGAUGGAACAAUCACCAGAGCACACUCAUCUCUGUGUUCGACACACUUUUGGAGAAUGGAACAUUAGUUGAUUGCACAUUGGCAGCUGAAGGAAAGUUUCUGAAAGCACACAAGGUCGUUCUCUCGGCAUGUAGUCCAUAUUUCGCGGCACUACUCUCACAACAAUACGACAAACACCCAAUCUUCAUACUCAAAGAUGUGAAAUUUCAAGAACUACGCGCCAUGAUGGACUACAUGUAUCGUGGCGAAGUAAACAUCUCACAGGAUCAGCUUGCAGCUCUUUUGAAAGCGGCUGAGUCCUUGCAGAUCAAAGGCCUGUCGGAUAACCGAAGUUCAUCUACUGCACCACCACAACAAAAGCAGGCACAAAGUGAAGCUUCGGCAUCAAAAUCGCUCCUGGCACCAGUGUUACCUGCCAGCAAGGUUUCAGGCUUAACGAUUGAAAAUAAAAGGCCUUUGAAACCGGAUAUACGUGAAACAGAUGUAUCUGGAUCUCGAGAAGGCUCUGUCAGCCCUACAUUACGCAAACGUAAAAAAAUUCGCAGAAGGAGCGUCGACAACAAUAAUCAAAUAGAAUCAACACAAAUAAUAAGCAAACCCAAAAUGGAUGAUGAUCAACAGUUCUGUCUUCGAUGGAACAAUCACCAGAGCACACUCAUCUCUGUGUUCGACACACUUUUGGAGAAUGGAACAUUAGUUGAUUGCACAUUGGCAGCUGAAGGAAAGUUUCUGAAAGCACACAAGGUCGUUCUCUCGGCAUGUAGUCCAUAUUUCGCGGCACUACUCUCACAACAAUACGACAAACACUCAAUCUUCAUACUCAAAGAUGUGAAAUUUCAAGAACUACGCGCCAUGAUGGACUACAUGUAUCGUGGCGAAGUAAACAUCUCACAGGAUCAGCUUGCAGCUCUUUUGAAAGCGGCUGAGUCCUUGCAGAUCAAAGGCCUGUCGGAUAACCGAAGUUCAUCUACUGCACCACCACAACAAAAGCAGGCACAAAGUGAAGCUUCGGCAUCAAAAUCGCUCCUGGCACCAGUGUUACCUGCCAGCAAGGUUUCAGGCUUAACGAUUGAAAAUAAAAGGCCUUUGAAACCGGAUAUACGUGAAACAGAUGUAUCUGGAUCUCGAGAAGGCUCUGUCAGCCCUACAUUACGCAAACGUAAAAAAAUUCGCAGAAGGAGCGUCGACAACAAUAAUCAAAUAGGUAUGUGCUCUCCAGUUGUUAGGGUAUAGGGUAUGUGUUCCAUCAGUAAUCUCACGCUCCCAUAUUCAUCCUAUCCGAAAACAAGCGAUUACGGCACCGGUUGAUUCCGUUCUUUUUGUUUUCAUGGGUGCUCACUUCUAACAAAAAAUACAAAAAUAAGAAACAAAACAAACAACGCUUCAAUCCUUUGUUUUUCGUAGGAUGAAAAUGGGAGCCACAUGCUUAAUAAGGGAACGAAUACCCUA